AUGAUAUCAUCUUUAACUUCUUCUGUAAACUUUAGAAAAAAUAGAGAAACCCUCUUUGGUAAACCUGCUCAUCAUCGUAUUUUAGUAAUAGGAGAGACAGGGUCAGGAAAAUCAACAUUUAUCAAUACAGUUGGAAACUAUUUCACAAAUGGGAAAUGUUCUAAUCCAAAUGUGUUUAUUCCAACUACUAAUCUGCAACAAAAUCAAAUGAUGAAUAUUAAACAUACAGAGAACUUGGACUCUUGCUCAACUGAGAGCCAAACAACCAGAUGUUCAACCUACACUUUUGAAAAAGGAAAUUCAUACUACUAUUUUAUAGAUUCACCUGGAUUCAACGACACGGCUGGAAAAGAAAAGGAUCAAGAAAACAUUAUGCACAUCCUCGCUACCAUCAUGGCCGAAGAAACUAUAACAUGCAUUAUUAUUGUCAUCAAUGGCACUCAGAUUAGAAUGACUGAGCAACUAAGAUACGUGAUAGACUGCUUCAAGGGGAACCUGCCGGCCGACCUGUUUGACAAUAUUCUGGUGGUGUUUACAAAAUGUGCAGAGGGAGAGUCUAGUUUUAGAAUCUCUGAAUUGGACAUUCCGGGUGUAGAGGAUGAUGGCCGUUCCUAUUGUAUGAAUAAUUCUGGGUUUGGUCCUACAUUGUAUAAUCAAUGUAAGCCGGAGUAUCAAAAAGCUCGAUCCAAUAGUUGGCACGAUUCAAUGAAGACGAUCGAUGAUUUGAUAGGAGUGAUACACGCUCUCAAUAUCAAACCAGCAACAUCAUUCAAAAAGAUUCACAAGAAACGAAUGAGGAUUACAGAGGAUAUCCAUAACCUCGUUCUCAAAAUGUUGUCUCUCAACGAUAUCAAUGACAAAUUGAAAAAAUCAAGUCUAUCUUUUAACGAUGACCUAGAUGUUCAAGUUGAAAGAUAUGAGUUUGAAGACAGUCCAAACCUUAAUCUACUGUGUUCAACAUGCAACAAAUCAUGCAAGGUGUGUUCAUUCAAUACUCCAAUCAUAUCUCUAUGCUCCAAUAUCAAUCUCGUUUCUGGAACAUGCAAGUCUUGUGCAUGUUCUUCCAAAGUCCAUUACCAUUCACACAAGGAAAUUGUUUUGGUCAAAAGAACGAUUAGAUAUCUUUUGGAACACAGAGAAACCAAUGAAAUAGUCAUCACCAAAAAGCUAACCAAGAUCCUAAAACCAACAGAAGAAGCUGACAAAAAGAUAUCAUCUGCAUCAAACAAGAGUAAAGAAAUCAAUGACAAGAAAAGUUUGUUGGAGGCAAACAUGCAAGAGAAGGCUACUCUGAUUGAUGAUUUGGUUGCUAUGAUCACUAAAUUUAAAAAGUUAUGUCCUGGCUUGAACCAUGUUAGGGAAAUGCAAGAAAUGGUAGAUUUAUUAGCUAAAAAGUAUAAUGAAUCUGGUCAUAAAACAUAUCAAGCUACUCCUUUGGAAUUUGAUACUGUCAUUAGAGAAAUUCAAGAAGAUCUUAUUGGUAAAUUAAAAACAUUAUUUAGUGUAGACCAGAUCAACUAUAAAUAG